AUGGAUUAACACCAAAAUCUCACUCGUUGUACUUUAAUGGUAAAUGAUAGUUAAAGUGAGACUAAUAACAAUAUUGAUCAUUCUAUUAUGGGAGCAGAGGAGGCAGUUUCAAAAGAUGUUAUAAUGCAGAAUAUUAAAUAAAAAGAAAAAUUUGAACAAACAGAAAUUAAUGCUAUAUUUCAAAAUUUGUAAAGUAAUUAAACAAGCACUAUGUCUCCAAAGUAGAAAUCCUUUUCAAAAUUAUUGAUUUAUUUUCAUUCAACAAAAUAUGCCAACAAGAUGUUACAAUUAAUUAGACCAAAUGAGAAAUUUUCAAAGAAACAUUUUAAAAUUAUAGAUGAUUCUGCAUCAUCCUAUAAACAUAUGAAGAAAAGAACUCAUAUAACAACAAAUAUGCUUAGUUAAAAUUUAAAUUUAAUUGAUUUCAGAAUAAAACUCAGAAUGAGAGUUAGAGAGUUUUAAUCUUUAUUAAAAUAAAAGUUUUUGCUUUGCUUUUCCUAAAUUCCAUUAAUUGAACCCUAAAGUAAAUUUAAAUUAUUGUGGGAUUUUCUAUUGAGCAUCAUGAGAAUGUAUAUGAUAAUAUGCAUGCCUAUAGUAAUAUCAUUCCAUUCUAAAGACAGCGAAUAAUAUCAUUUUCUUUACAUUAUUCUAACAUGCCUAUUUUUUAUUCUAGACAUUAUCCUUAGAGCCUUUACAAUUUGUUAUGACAAGGGACUUCCUUUAAAGGACAAAUUCGAAUUGAUUAAAAGACAGUUUACACUAUCAACUUUCAUGGAAUUAUUUAGCAUCUUUUGUGGGAUUAUUAUUGCUUUAUCAUUCUUAUCGGAAUAAGAAAGCCCAUAUAUAUUAGAAGAGGAUGGGUGGCCUAGAAUAGUACUUUUACUCUUCUACUAAUAAAUAAUGAAUAUUCUACAAUAUUUUGAUACAAUUUAACAUCAAUUAAAAUUAAGUAAAUUAAGUAAUUCGUUUAUUGAAUUGCUUAAAUUAGUAUUCUUAAUAUUAUUAAUACAACAUUUUUGUUGCUGUCUUUGGUAAAGAUAAUAGUUAUUAAUUAAGGGUAGUGAUAGGAGAGUAUAAGUAAAGGUAGGAUACAAUUAAUUGGCUUAAAAGAGUUGAAGGAGAGCCUUGGUAAAAUGUAUAUUUGGAAUCAUUUUAUUUUAUGAGUGUCACAAUGUUCACAGUUGGUUAUGGAGAGAUAGUGCCAACAAGUAAGAAUAACUUAGAUAAUUUAGACCCUAUUGAGAAGAUAUUUUGUAUUUGUUAUAUGUUUCUAUCCACUAUGCAGCUUUCAUUUUCCGUUAAUACAAUUGGAACCAUUUUAACCUAAAUCAAAGAGAACAAUGAGAAGAUUAGAUAGAAAAUGACAUGUAUAAACGAGUAUAUGAGGGAAAAAUAGAUUAGUUAAAGUUUACAAUAUAAGUAUUUGUUGAUUAAAUUUAGAUUAGAGUGAGAGAAUAUUUCAAUUUUUAUUGGGAAUAGGAGGUCAUAUAAAAACGAAAUGAACAAUCUGAUUUGAUCUAAUUGUUACCUGAAGAAUUGUAAAACAACCUAAAAAAUGAAUCUGCUUAGGUUCUAAUGAGCAAAUGUCAAUUUUUUAAGUAAUUCUUCUCCUAAAAAUGUUUACAUCAGCUACUAGAUAAAGUAGAAUUUAAGACAUAUUAACCUGGAAUAGUCAUUGAAAACAAUGAUCUGAAUAUAUUCAUUAUAGAAUAAGGCUUAGUUGAAGUUAAAUAAUAAAAGGUAUUGAUGUAUACAAUAUAAGAGGUAAUUAUGUUAUUUGAAAGAUAAUGAUUAUUUCGGUCAUUUGGAAAUGAAAAGUAAUUAAUCAUCUACAUUAUAAUAUAAAACAGCCUCUUUUUGCAGUAUAUUAAUAAUUCCUAAUUAAGGAAUAAGGGAGGUUUUGUAAUAAAAUGAAAAUGAUUAGGAAUAAUAUUAAAAAAUAAAAGAUAUAUCCUAUUGUUACGUUUGUCAAGACAAAAGUCAUUUGAGUAAUGAAUGUAACCAAGUUCAUUUUGUGCCAGACAAGGAGAAAGUCAUAAAAUAAUAUAAUUUUAUUCAGGAAUAACUUCGCGAUUGCUUCAAGAGGUCAAAAAAGAGACAUCAUUUUUCUGCCUCAUAAGAUUUAGAAUUGAUUUAAAAUUCUGCGAAAAUCUAUCAAAUAGAAAACGAUUUAAUAAUUGAAUAAAUAGUUCCUACUAUAUUUUAUGAGUAAAAAUAAUCAAUUUAAGAAUUGGAAGAUUGCUAAAAUUAUUAAAGUGAUAAUCAUUUAAGAAAAAUCAAAUAUAAACAUAAGGCUUCAGGGUCUUCCAAUCUGAUUAGGGUAUAAACUAUUGAUAUUUUGAUUAAUGAUAAUGGCAUGAAAGAGAUGUAUGAGUAAAUCAAAUAGAAAUAUGAGAAUAUUCAUAAAUACACUCAGUAAUAAUAAAAGGAUCUCUAAAUGCUUUAUAAGUAGUUGAAUAACAAGGGAGAAGAGAAUUCAGAAACUUGUGAUAAAAUCCAAAACUUACGAUAUAAUAAAGAGUGGAAUCUAGAGAAUAUUGUUAAGAAGAUUAAUAGAUGCUAAAGAUAAGAGUGUUAGAAAUCUGCAGUCGAACAAUUUUAGAAAUAUUUGAUGUUUCCGAAUUUAUUUGUAUCUUUAUAUAAGAAUAAGAAAAUACCAACUUAAGAGGACGAGGAAAAGCGGAAUGCAUCGGUAUUCAUUCAAUAAUACAAAUAAAGUAAAUUUUACAUAUUAUGUGUAAGAUCUGAAAAACCUAAAGAGAAGAAGUGGAAGAAUUGUACCUUAAUUAAUAUUUAAUAUAAAUUAAUGAACGACAAUAAGUAGAAAGAUCUUGAAAGUCCAAUUUUCUCAGUUGUGUGUUUUCCUGAUUCUGUUUUAGUGAGUUUGGGAGGAGGAGGAAAAAGAUACGGUUUAGUUAAUAGUCUAGUAUGUAUUCUUCAAUAUUCUUAAGCAAUUAUUUCCGAAACCAAUUUAUGGAAUUUUGAAGGAUCCCAUUCAUACUUUACAAUUAGGAGACGAGAUAUUCUAAAGAUUAAGACUUAACACGAAAACAGGAUUAAUUGUUGGAAAUAGCGAUGAUUAAUGUGUGAUAUUGAAAGUUUAAGAUAACAAGAUCUCAAUAGUAACAAAGUUUUAGACUGACAGGGCAGCAAAAGAACCUUGUUAGAAUGACGGAGUCUUUAAUUAUUAGGGGGAUACUUUGGCCACAGGAGGAGAAGAUGGAAUUUUGAAGGUUUGGAAUAAGGAUUAUCAAUUGAAAUUCACUGUGGAUAUGAAAGGCAAAAUAUAAUCAUUGGAUUAUCAUGUAGCAAAUGGAAUGGUAAAUCUGAUUUUGACAAUAGUUAAUAGUGGCCACUGACAAUGAGGAAUGCAAAAUAUUAAAGGAUAGCCACGUGUUGCAUAAAUUAGAUAUAUCAUCAAACAAUAUCCACAAAUUGCAAUUUCAAUCAGCUCUCUUCUCAUUAGAUGGCAAUACAAUAUUUACAUUCAAGAAUCCAAUGAGAGGAGCUUCAUAUAUGACAAGUUGGAGAAUUGAAAAUGACAACAUUAAACCAUUAAAAACAAUAAAAAUUCAUGGACAUCCAGUAGUCACUACUUGUUAAUCAAAGGAAGGCAUGUUCAUUGGUAUUGGAUGUUCAGAUGGAACUGUAAAAAUAAUAAAUGCAAGGUAUCAUUCCCUGUGUAUAUUCAUUUAGAAAAUUGGAUGUUGAAUCUAGUAAGUAAGCUCAUGAGCUUCCCUGUACUGCAUUAUGCUUCACUCCAGAUUCCAGAUUCAUUAUUUCAGGAUCGGUCGAUGCCAAAUACCAUUUUCUCUAAAAUACUAGACCUUAAGGAAUAUUUUCUUUACUAUCAAAAUUCUGGCUAUUAGGCAUGUUGUUAGCAUACUUAAUUAUUGUAAUAAAGGAUUUAUUUGAAUGAGAG